AUGGUGGAGGUGCGAUAUGGUGGUAUCUCGCCAGGAUGUUGGACUGACUUUCUCGCUGUAGAUUUAAUGAGGCCCACUACAAUUGUGGCUUAUGUGGAGAUGGUGGGGAUUUUGAUAUGCAGUAAGGACAGUGGUAGAACUGGAAGUUCACUUCUUACAUGCCGCCUUUGUGAGAAAAAAGGAACACGUUUUGAGGCUGAUGAAGAGAUGUGUGGGGAUGAUGAGGAUAGGGAGGCUUUGCAAGAGACCAUAAAGAAUAUGCAAGUCAGUACAGAGCUCGUAUUCAGGUCUAUUUAA